CCUCAGCCCUAAGUAGCCGCGGUGGGCACCAGACCCGACCCGCACCGACUCGCACCGCCGUGCUCCGCGAACCCGGCUGCGUCUUCUGCCUCGUGCCGCCAGGUCCGCCGUCCCGCAGCUUUGCCAGGAGCAAGCCGCUCGUAACGCACCCGGAGUCCCAGAUGGCUUCCGUGACCGAUAGUAAAGCUGGAGUCAAAGAUGCUUCCGACCAGAAUUUUGACUACAUGUUCAAACUGCUCAUCAUUGGCAACAGCAGCGUUGGCAAAACUUCCUUCCUCUUCCGCUAUGCUGACGACACCUUUACCCCAGCCUUCGUCAGCACUGUGGGCAUUGACUUCAAGGUGAAGACAGUCUACCGCCAUGAAAAACGAGUGAAGCUGCAGAUCUGGGACACAGCUGGACAAGAGCGGUACCGGACCAUCACAACAGCCUAUUACCGUGGGGCCAUGGGCUUCAUUCUGAUGUAUGACAUUACCAAUGAGGAUUCCUUCAAUGCUGUCCAAGAUUGGGCUACUCAGAUCAAGACCUACUCCUGGGACAAUGCACAGGUUAUCCUGGUUGGGAACAAGUGUGAUAUGGAGGAAGAGAGGGUUGUUCCCGCCGAGAAGGGCCAGCUCCUUGCAGAGCAGCUUGGGUUUGACUUCUUUGAAGCCAGCGCCAAGGAGAACAUCAGUGUGAGGCAGGCCUUCGAGCGGCUGGUAGAUGCCAUUUGUGACAAGAUGUCUGAUUCGCUGGACACGGACCCCUCCAUGUUGGGCACCUCCAAGAACACCCGUCUCUCGGACACCCCACCGCUGCUGCAGCAGAACUGCUCGUGUUAGGCAAGGCCCACCCUCCUGAUCUCCCCUUCUUGUGACCCCACACCCACUCUGCUUUCCCCAUUACACUCUGUCCACCCCCAGCCCCAAGCAGGCUGCGUUGUCACUGACCUUUGCCUGCAAUGGAGGCGGAAGCAUGCCCCUUGAGUUCUCUGCAGAUGGUCCUGCUAGUAGACACCCAGUCCUAGACUAACAGCCAGGUUACAGCAUGGGUAGAGAUUCACUUUACAAAAAAAGACUCCAUCUUACAAAGGGUAUUCACUUCAGGGACUUGGAAAGUGAGUCUCUUUUCUGCCUUUAAAAUAAGAUUUCCUCCAUUUACCAAAAUUUGACAUACGCACACUUUUUAGGGCCUGGCCAGCUGGGUAAGUGCGGCCCACCUGCACAGCUAAUCCUGUUAAAGAAAACGUCCUCAUACACAGCAUGCUUGUUUCAUAUCAGGCUCCCUGUGGGGCUUCCUCUCACUGCAAGCCACGCUUUGACUCUCGAAGCCCUCUGCCUGUUACCACGGAUGCCCACAGGGCCUGGGGCAGUUGCUGUGGUGACAGGCCAGAGCUAAUCUCCAGAGAGCUCAGACUCUCUAAUGAUGCUGAAGGAGCAAAGGCUGAGUCAGAAAUAUACUUAAAGAAAAGAUUAUUCCCUGCAAAAUGUCAAAGGUUCCUGCUAUAUAAAAGAGCAGGAGAGUGAGCUCAAGAAAGAUAACGAGAAAUAAAAGAGAAACAUAGGCAAGAUAAAGGAGCAGGUCAUGACUUUCUGAUUUUGCUGCUUUCCAGCUGGUUCUUAACUGUGGGAACUCCAUGAAAUUGGUCUUUGUUUUUUAGACUCCCAGAAUUUGAAAUAUUUAGAGUUACUUAGUCUGACUAGUCAAUUUCAAUCUUCACAUCUCUGAUAAGUGGCUGCUAGGCCUC